GGGAUACGCACGGACCACCCACGUGCAUCGCUCCUUUUUUAUUUCUCGACGACGAUGGCCGGAGCAGCAGGGAAACCUUCGGUCCCAAGAAAACGCAAUCGAAAGAGAAAGAGACGCGCAGAUUUCUCUUCCUCGUCUUCAUCUUCAUCUUCAGAAUCGGAUGAUUCCGAUUCUGAACCAGCAGGAGUCGCAACGAUUACACGGAAAGUCAUCACAACUCAACAGGAAUCUGAAAAUGGAGUUUCAGAUUCAUCCGGUCCAGAAUCCUCCUCAGAAGAUUCCGAUCCGGAGGAAAUACCUCAAGCAGGCUUGAAAGCCUCUCGAGAGGGUCCAUCUGCACCUACCGACGAGCAUACUCGAGCUCGGUCAACUUCACCUCCUCCACCUUCGACUGCUAUCCCUUCAUUCCUUGCGCCAAAACACCCGGAUGAAAGCGCCGGGGCGACUGCUCAACGAGAACAAGAAAUGAAGGAAAAGUUUAGGAAAUUUUGGAUGAGUGCCGUUGCAGAUGGAUUUAGAGAUGACUUGGAAGAGAUCAGAAAGGAACCCAACCUCACUACUUCGAAGCUGUCUCUUCUCAUCGAGUCCCUCGCUUCCGGUGCAGACCUGUUCUCCUCGACUGACAAAAACGGAGUGAACGAGAUGGAAAUGCUUUUAGGAUGACUGUGUUUCUAUUAACAGGCCUUGAACUCCACGACAAACCGCAUGGUUAUUGAACGUCGAUGAAAAUCUGUACACGCACCUCAGUUCGCAGUACUCCGGGGCCAAGGUAUCGUUCUUUGGAAUGAGGUUCAGAGGUCCUGAAGAAGUCAUCCUACCCGAGCUCAUUAUUUACGCGAAGCCGCAGCUAUCGGGAGCACUUAGGUUCAGUUCGGUCACUUAGACAUACUUUGUUACUUACCUACUGUACAGUGUUUUGGCUUCCGAAUAGAGUGCUUGGGUUUACGGUACCCCGUCUAUUUCUCUCUCGUUGUGAACGAUAUCGCAUUGGCGUUGAACAUACCCUG